AUGCCUCUGCGCCAUUCCUAUUGCGUGCCUCUGCGCCAUUCCUAUUCCGUGCCUCUGCGCCAUUCCUAUGCUGUGCCUCUGCGCCAUUCCUAUUCCGUGCCUCUGCGCCAUUCCUAUUCCGUGCAUCUGCGCCAUCCCUAUAGCGUGCCUCCAUUGAGGCCAGGCCUGACCAAUCAGGCCCGGCCGAGCCGGACCGUGGGGUGCGAGCUUGCAACGACGCAAGCGUGGGUGCAGCGUGACUCAGGGCAGGUAAGGGGUGUGUUUAGUUUUCAAUUCCACUUGUCUCCUCUCCAUGUCUCUGCCAUUCCUAUUCCGUGCCUCUGCCAUUCCUAUUCCAUGCUUCUGCCAUUCGAAUUUCGUGCUUCUACGCCAUUCCUACUCUGUGCCUGUGCGCCAUUCCUAUUCCAUGCCUCGGUCAUUCCAAUUCCCCGGUUGGGGGAAUUGGGGGAAUUGGGGGAAUUGGGGGAGUUGGGGGAGUUGGGGGACUUGGGGGACUUGGGUGAGUUGGGGGAGUUGGGGGAAUUGGGGGAAUUGGGGGACUUGGGGGAUUUGGGGGACUUGGGGGACUUGGGGGACUUGGGGAAAAACCAUUCGAGCACAAAAAUCCAACGAAUGUCAUUUUGA